UACCUAGUAAACAAAGAACCAACAAACAAACCUCCCACGAGUUUCGUUGCUACUUUGUUACGCGUCAGAGCAUGUUGCUUGCGCAUGCGCAGUGUAGGCAGGUGAGCUGAGACAGGUGUAUCCCGGAAGUUAUAGAGAGAAAUCAACAAAAAUCGCAGCCACGAUGUCUCAGGGCAACAUCCAGCAGGAUUUUCAGAACCAGGUCAGUGAUGUUUUCAGCCGGCUGCAGAACAAGCAGAUGUUUCAGUCUGACUGGGACAUCGCCUCCUUCGCCAUUUUCUUCAUAUUCAUCGGUAUGGUUCUGCUGCUCGUCAUUCUGGUUCUUAUACGCUGCUGUUGCUGCUGCUGCUGCGACGAAAAGCCCAGAAGGCAGAAAGUGGGCAUCGACAACAUGGCACUGGACCCAUAAAGCUCAAGAUUAGCGUCCAGCAUGUUCAUGAUCCCUUCAAACAUUUUUAUAUAUA